CGUCCAUUGAAGCAGCUGCCGAUCUUAUCUUUGCAAAAUCUAGACGACAAGUUCCCAUUGAAUCUAGUGUAUUUCAAAAUCAAUCACUAGAUUAUAUAACAAAAAUCGUUGAUAUACUUAAAUUAGAUUUAGUUCAAUUACACGGUGAUGAGCAAUCUGUUACACAACCCGGAUAUAAUGCUUUCUGUUUAUUAGACACGAAACCAACUGGAGUUAAACAUUCUGAGGAAAUGGACAAAUAUUUGAUUGGGAUAGGUAGCAGUGGUUCAGAUUGA